CUUUAAGGGCGGCGCAGAUUCUUUGACAUUGCUGUGAAGGGAGAGGGACAUAACAAACAGUUACAAAACGUGUUAGAAAGUAACAACUACUGAUUUCUGUUUUAUAGUUACAUUAAUACUCCAUUGUAACUUCAGCGGAAUCAUGUAUCGGCGAGCGCUGCAGUCCGCCGUUAGACAGUUAUUAAACGCUUCAGCAUCGAGAGCUGUCCCCGGAAAGGCCAUUGAACAAGAUGCGUGUCAGUCCAGGGCUUUGGUGGCUUGCCGAAUGACAGCGGAUGUGGGCGUCCACAAUCACUCACAAUACAGAGUUCUUCACAGCACAAGAGAGCUGCAUACUGUUAAAGAGACCCCACAGACUACAGAUGAAGAGGUGGGGGCCUUCACCAAACUGAUUGAGGCCAUAGGCUUCACAGGACCCCUCAAAUACAACAAAUGGAAAAUUAAGAUAGCUGCCUUGCGCAUGUACACAUGCUGUGUAGAAAGAAUCAACUAUGACGAGUUUUUUGAAAAAUGCUCUCUCCCCGACACGCUCAACUCCUGGUUCUUGGUGGCACAGCUCCACGUUUGGAUGUGUCUGGUUCGGAUGCGGCAGGAAGGCAGAGCUGGCAAGUACAUGUGCCGUUACAUCGUCCACUCCAUGUGGGAGGAUGUGGAGCAGAGGAGCAAGAUCAUGGGAAUUGAUGCCAUUCAAAGGAAGGAGAGCAUGAAGGUGAUGACGGAGACAUUCUAUGCUGCACUUUUUGGUUAUGAUGAGGGAAUUCUUUCAGACGAUUGCGUUCUUGCGGCAGCGCUCUGGAGAAACAUGUUCAAUAGACAGUGUGAAGACCCCAGACAGCUCGAGCUGAUGGUCGAAUACGUCCGCAAACAGAUGCAGUUCAUCGAUGCUCUGGAUGGGGAGGACCUGCUUUUAACAGGAGAAGUGAACUGGCGCCCCCUGGUGGAGGAAAACGCCCAGAGCAUCCUGAAGGUUCCCGGCCCGACCUACAAUGAUGCUGGUCUCUGAAAGCCUAAUAUCUCACCUGGAGCUGUCAAUCAGCACACGAGCAGCCAAUCAGGAAGCAGCACUCACCUGAUUAGUCACACCCUCUUUCUUUAUCUGUCUUU